AUGAAGUUCUACAUCGACGAGCUGCCCGUCCUCUUCCCUUAUCCCAAAAUCUACCCCGAGCAAUAUGCCUACAUGACCGAUCUCAAGAGGACGCUCGACGCCAACGGCCACUGCGUCCUCGAGAUGCCCUCGGGCACCGGCAAGACCGUGUCUCUGCUGAGCUUGAUCGUCAGCUACCAAAAGUUUCAUCCGGCGUCGAGGAAGCUCAUCUACUGCUCGCGAACCGUGCCAGAGAUUGAAAAGGCGCUGGCGGAGCUCAAGCGGCUGAUGGAGUACCGGGCGCGCUACAACGUACCCGAAGGCGAAGAGUCCGAGGUGGCCAAGAACGAGGCCUCGGGCUCCAACGGCCCUGGCGACUACAGCAUCGAUAUGAAGGGCCGCGGCAAGGCGGGCGGCCAGAUGGAGGACAUCCUCGCCCUCGGGCUCAGCAGCCGCAAGAACCUCUGCAUCCAUCCGAGCGUCGGCCGCGAGAGAAAGGGCAAGGUCGUCGACGCACGCUGCAGGGACAUGACGAGCGCCUGGGCGUGCGAAAAGGGCAGGCAGGACCCCGGCAGCGUCGAGCUUUGCGACUUCCACGAGGAGCUGGGCAAGAUGGAGCCAGGCCAGCUGAUCCCUCAGGGCGUGUGGACGCUCGAGGAGGUCAAGGAGUACUCCAGGGAGAAGGGCAUCUGCCCCUACUUUGCCAUCCGAAGGAUGCUGCCCUUUGUCGACAUCAUCAUCUACAGCUUCCACUACCUGCUCGACCCAAAGGUCGCCGAGCAGGUCAGCAAGGAGAUGAGCAAGGACGCCAUCGUCGUUUUCGACGAGGCCCACAACAUUGACAACGUCUGCAUCGAGUCGCUAAGCAUCGACCUGACGCGGCCGAUGCUGGACAGCGCGUACCGCAGCAUCAACCAGCUGUCCGAGAGGGUCGAGGAGAUCAAGCGGACGGACGCGGGCAAGCUGCAGGACGAGUACGCACGGCUGGUCGAAGGGCUGGCCGAGCAGGGCGACCAGCGCGAGGCCGAGACGUUCAUGUCGAACCCGGUGCUGCCCGAGGACCUGCUGCAGGAGGCGGUGCCCGGCAACAUCCGGCGUGCCGAGCACUUUGUCGCCUUCCUCAAGCGCUUUGUCGAGUACCUCAAGACGAGGAUGCGGGUGCUGCACGUCGUGGCCGAGACGCCGCCCAGCUUCCUGCAGCACCUCAAGGACAUCACCUACAUCGAGCGCAAGCCGCUGCGCUUCUGCGCCGAGCGGCUACGGAUGCUCGUCAGCACGCUCGAGCUGACGCGGCUCGACGAGUAUUCGGCGCUGCAAAAGGUGGCGGCGUUUGCGACGCUGGUGGCCACCUAUGACAAGGGCUUCCUGCUGAUCCUCGAGCCGUUCGAGACCGAGCACGCCACCGUGCCUAACCCCAUCUUCCACUUUACCUGCCUCGACGCCAGCCUGGCUAUCGCGCCCAUCUUUGAGCGCUUCUCGAGCGUCAUCAUCACCAGCGGCACCAUCAGCCCGCUCGACAUGUACCCCAAGAUGCUCAAGUUUGACACCGUGGUGCAGGAGAGCUACGCCAUGACGCUGACGCGCCAGUGCUUCCUGCCGCUCGUCAUCACGCGCGGCAGCGACCAGGUGGCCAUCAGCUCGCGCUUCGAGGUGCGCAACGACCCGGCCGUCGUGCGCAAUUACGGAAGCAUCCUUAUCGAGUACGCCAAGUGCAUGCCGGACGGCAUCGUCGCCUUCUUCCCCUCGUACCUCUACAUGGAGAGCAUCGUCGCCGCCUGGCACGACAUGGGCAUCCUCGACGAGGUGUGGAAGUACAAGCUCAUCUUUAUCGAGACGCCCGACGCGCCCGAGACGAGCAUCGCGCUCGAAAAUUACCGCAGGGCCUGCGAUAACGGACGAGGCGCCAUCCUGCUCUCGGUCGCGCGUGGCAAGGUGUCGGAGGGCAUCGACUUCGACCACAACUACGGCCGCGCCGUAAUCAUGUUUGGCGUGCCGUACCAGUACACCGAGUCGCGCAUCCUCAAGGCUCGCCUCGAGUUCCUGCGCGACAACUUCCGCAUCCGCGAAAACGACUUCCUGACCUUCGACGCCAUGCGACACGCCGCCCAGUGCGUGGGGCGUGUGUUGCGCGGAAAGACCGACUACGGCCUGAUGGUGUUUGCCGAUAAGCGCUUUGCCAGGGCCGACAAGCGGGCCAAGCUGCCAAAGUGGAUCGCGCAGUACAUUACGGAGCCGCACAGCAACCUCUCGACCGACAUGGCCAUUGUCGAGUCGAAGCUCUUUAUCCGGACGAUGGGCCAGCCCUUCCCCGAAGGCAAGAACGGGGUGAGCCUGUGGGAUCUGAGCGACAUCGAGUCGCGCCAGGCAAAGGAGCGCGAGACGUUUGAACGGCUCAUGGAAGGCAAGCUUCGCAUCGACAGCACGGGUCAGGUGGUCGAGAAGGGCGAGGGCGACGACGACGACGACGAGGGCGAUGGCGGUGGCGGCGAUGACGAAGACGACGACGAGGAUGACGAGUUUGACAAUGCGUUUGGCAAGGGCGAGGAGCUGGCGCAGAUCAAGGAGCUCGACGACAUGGACGAGGAUUAG